CUCGCGGUUGAGUGACGUGGCGGGUUUAGUGUUUGGGAUGUUUUGAUUUGCUGUGACGUUUAUGCGAGUGAACAUAGCAGGAUGGAGGCUACCAACUUGGCUCUCUCACCACGAGACACCAUGAAGCCUCGUAACGAGCAUAAAGGAUUGCAGCUAAAUGCCAAACCCAAUCAAGUUGGCACAGUGCUAUUGUACGGUGUUCCAAUAGUCUCCCUAGUGAUCGAAGGCGUGGAGAGGCUGUGUCUAGCGCAGAUAUCCAACACCCUCCUAAAGCAGUUCUCAUACAACGAGAUCCAUAACAGAAGAGUGGCGUUAGGAAUCACCUGCGUCCAAUGUACACCAGUACAGUUGGAGAUAUUGAGGCGAGCUGGUGCAAUGCCCGUGUCAUCGAGGAGAUGUGGUAUGAUAACAAGGCGGGAAGCUGAGCGUCUGUGCAAGUCGUUUCUUGGAGACAACGCCCCUCCGAGAUUGCCUGAUGACUUCGCGUUCGCUGUACACCAUGAGUGUGCAUGGGGCUGCCGCGGUGCCUUCCUACCGGCCAGGUACAAUUCUUCAAGAGCCAAAUGCAUAAAGUGCGCGUACUGCGGUCUCUUCUUUUCUCCAAAUAAGUUCAUCUUCCAUUCCCACCGCGUUGGUCCAGGAGAUAAAUACAUACAGCCUGAUGCUGCAAACUUUAAUUCCUGGAGACGUCACAUGAAGCUGAGUGGUAGUCCUCCAGAUGAAGUUGUUCACGCUUGGGAAGAUGUGAAGGCAAUGUUUAAUGGUGGAACGAGAAAGAGGAUGCUCUCUGCUGCUAGAAGAGUGCCGAUUUGCAGGCCAGAGCCGGAAACGGGGAGUGAGGCCAAGCGCCCGCCAGCCAGUCCGCCGAGCGCCCACGCCCCCGUGCCCCGGCUGGCCGACUACGUGUGGGGGGCCAGGUUGCCCCUGCCAUAUGCCAUACCGUGGCUGAAGCCUUCAUUGUGGACGCCAGGAGCGCUGACGGCCCUGAGCGGCGUAAGCGCCAUAGAGGAGCCACGCGCGUUUCGUCCAGUCCGCGCGCAUCACCUCGAUUCGCCACAAUUAUCACCAGUCAUCUCACCGCCACGUUCGCCAAACAGAACAUUAACCAGAUCAAGAUCACCGAUAAGAACACCACCGCAACAGAACCGCUCACCACACCGUUCACCACAUCGCUCGCCACAUCGCUCACCACAUCGCUCGUCGAACCGCUCAUCACCCGCACGCUCCGCCAAGAGCGACCGCGACAGCGAUGAGAGUGUUGAUAUUGAGACUACGGAAGAUGAUCAUCAGAAAAACAUGGGAUGUUCAUGGCCGUGCCGCACUGCUCCCACUCCUCGCCCUGAAGACUCCUGCUGGAGCGGCCUAGUGCCUAAAGUUGAAAGAGAAGAGGAUACGAGGGUAGAACCCUGGCGGUUACCAGAUCUCCGACCCGCUCUACACUACAUGCACGACCGUGAAAGAGACGGAUGUGCAGCUUGCGUCGCUCCGUUACCUCUACUUCCUCCGCCUGCACCGGCGCCUCAUUAAAACUCAAAUUAUAGUUAAUAUAUAGCAACACUAUUUAAUAUAUAACAUAUACUUACCUGCUAACAAUAAGUUGCGUUCACCACGACCGAACAAUGCUGACUACCCUAUGUAGGAUUGCAGUC